GCUGAAUCAGCGUAUUUGCAACGACAGACACGAGGGAUGGCUACUGGUGCUCUUUCCCCGAGUACCGCCGAAGGAAAGGAGGCGCCGAGGGUUGCGGAUUUCGACGAGCUAGUGGACGAGGUGCUAGCGAAGAAGGGACCGUCCAAGUACACGGACGGACUCUCGGAAGAUAACUGGGAAGAAGAGUUGGAGAAAAUUCCUCUCUUCAUGACGAGAGCACCGACAGAAAUCGACCCACAGUCAGCCCCUGCCCUAGCAGCCCUGCAAGACCUCAUCUACCAGGAAGACACUCCCAAAAGCAGAGCUCUAGCACACAAGGAGGAUGGGAAUGAGCACUUCAGGAAGAAGAGGUACAGACAAGCAGUGGAGACCUACUCGGCAGCAAUAAACCAGGGCUGCAAAGACAGAGAGCUGCGUGCCAUUCUCUUCUGUAACCGAGCUACCAGUCAGUACCGUCUCGGUAACUUCAGAUCUGCCCUGGCCGAUGCUGGUGAGGCGCACAGAUCCAAUGAUGAAUACAUGAAGGCCAUUGUUAGAGCGUCAGAGUGCUGUGUGAGGUUGAAGAGGUUCAGCGAGGCUCUGAAAUGGUGUGAGAUUGGUUUAACACUGGAGGACAAGAACCCAGUUUUGAAGCAACUGAGAGUAACUGCAACCACAGAGAAAAAGAAGCAGGAGAGAGACAAGAGAAGAGAGGAAGCUGCCACGAGAGCCAAAUCUCAGAGAGACACAGAGCUCGUCCAAAUCAUCAAGGUUGGCACAUUACUCCGUCUCUUUAUCUCCCCCUCUUCUGCCCCUAGUCCAGAGGAGUAUCACUACACCUAUCGGUGGAGAGACCAGUAGAUCUGACCAGCCCCCACCCAGCAGGAGCCAGAGUCCAUCUCACCCCUGACGGAACUCUGGUGUGGCCGGUCCUCCUCCUCUACCCAGAGUACGGCACGUCAGACUACAUCGCCGAGUUCAGGGAACACGAUCGAUUCAUCGACCACCUGACUGAGAUGUUCAAGACGCCAGCUCCGUGGGACGUGGAGGGAAAAUAUCCUCUACAGGCACUGCAGCUCUACUAUCGCGAUGUUCACUCAAUGGAAUUAUGGAGAGUAGAUCCUCACGAGACACUCGGUUUCAUUCUCAAACGGAAAAGUUACGUAGUGUCAUCGGGAACCCCUGAACUCUUUGUGCUAUCUUCUCUCUCUGCCUACACGCCUCAUUUUCUGGGGAAAACCGAAAAAUAACCGCCACCCACCAAAUCAAUCUCUCAUAUUUUUGUUCAUUGUAGAAUUGUAAUGUCUUGUGUACAAAGAGAGUACAUGUGUUCAAAAGCAGCAAUAAUCCACUAACGGCAAUGGACUGGUCUAUGUAGAGUUCUACUGGAUUCUGCAGCAGUCAUAAUGAUACACACACAAUCUCUGUGCUCAGGACUGGUAUAUCUGGCGCUGUUUGCCAUAUGGAGUCAUUCCUUGCUGAGAGGCCACCUUGUUGGUCCCCAUCUGGAGACUGACAACGCUGGCUCCCUGCCUCAGCUCCUCCUCAGUCCACUCUCUCUUCUGCCCCUCAGCCUCCUUUGGACCCAACUUGGGACCUUCGUACCCGUUCUUCUGUGCCUAUAAUAUUAUAAUGGUUCGUUUUUAACACGUGUUAGAGCUGGCCCUGGUGCACGCUUACCGUUCUUCCAAGAGCAAAGAUGGUUGCAACCACCUGCAGCAAUUAGAGGAUAAUAAAGAUAGCGGCCAUUCUAGGCAUGCCUGUGGCUAAUAGCUAUAUAGUUGACUGUCAGGAGAAUUAACAGAUGAGGCAGAACGCUGGUUAAAAUUACGUAUUGGC